CGUUGAUGGUGGCGGUAGACCGUGGAGUCAACAGGUCCUGGCUACCCUGGGAAGAGACAAGAAAUGAAUGAAGAAAGAGGAAGAUUCCAGGACCUAGAUAUGAUUUCUGUGAAUACCCUUCACUGGUAGUGACCGGGGUUUCUAACUAGAAAUUUAAGGCAGAUCCAGAGGAGACAAAGACAGAGUAUCCCAGUGCUGGCCAUUUCCGACAACAGAAGAAAAUGCUCAAUGCCCAGGAAUCGCUGACACUGGAGGAUGUUACUGUGGAGUUCACCUGGGAGGAGUGGCAGCUCCUGGACCCUUUUCAGAAGGACUUGUAUCGGGAUGUGAUGUUGGAGAUCUACAGCAACCUGGUAUCAGUGGGUUUUCAAGUCAGCAAACCAGAUGCACUCUCCAAGUUGGAACAAGGAGAAGAACCAUGGAUAAUAGAAGAUGAAAGGCAUAGUCGAAUCUGUCCAGAAAAUAACAAAGUUGAUGAACAUCUUCAGGAUCACUUGGAAAAUCAAAGGAUGCUGAAGAGUGUGAAACACCACCAUAAACAUAAUGCAUUUGGAAAUACUGCCUCUCAAACCAAAAGCCAUUGUCUUUUCAGGGAAAAUCAUGAUACAUUUGAGUUGUAUAUAAAAACUUUGAAAUCAAAUUUAAGUUUAGUCAACCGGAACAAAAGCUGUGAAAUUAAGAACUCUAAUAAAUUUAAUGGAGAUGGGAAAUCAUUUCUUCAGGGUAAGUAUGAAGAGCUUCAUUCUGCAGCUAAAUUCUCUGUAAGUACAAAAUCCAAUAGCAUCAAAUCCCAAGUCAGUAAGCAUCAAAGAACUCAAGAAAUAGAGAAAACCCACAUAUGCAGUGAAUGUGGGAAAGCGUUUGUCAAGAAGUCUCAGCUCACUGAUCAUGAGAGAGUUCAUACUGGAGAAAAACCUUACGGAUGUACUUUGUGUGCAAAAGUGUUCUCCAGAAAGUCCAGGCUAAAUGAACAUCAAAGAAUUCAUAAAAGAGAGAAAUCUUUUAUAUGCAGUGAAUGUGGAAAAGUCUUCACCAUGAAGAGUCGUCUGAUUGAACAUCAGCGAACUCAUACUGGAGAGAAGCCCUAUGUAUGCAAUGAAUGUGGAAAAGGCUUCCCAGGCAAACGUAAUCUCAUUGUACAUCAGCGAAAUCAUACUGGAGAGAAAUCCUAUGUAUGUAGUGAAUGUGGAAAAGGCUUCACUGGGAAGAGCAUGCUUAUCAUACAUCAACGAACUCAUACAGGAGAGAAACCCUACAUUUGUAGUGAAUGUGGGAAAGGCUUUACCACAAAGCACUAUGUCAUCAUACAUCAGCGAAAUCAUACAGGAGAGAAACCGUAUAUAUGCAAUGAAUGUGGGAAAGGCUUUACCAUGAAGAGCCGUAUGAUUGAACAUCAACGAACUCAUACAGGAGAGAAACCCUAUGUAUGCAACGAAUGUGGAAAAGCCUUUCCCAGGAAGAGUAAUCUCAUUGUACAUCAGAGAAAUCAUACAGUAGAGAAAUCAUAUCUAUGUAGUGAAUGUGGAAAAGGUUUUACUGUGAAAAGCAUGCUCAUAAUUCAUCAGCGAACUCAUACUGGAGAGAAGCCCUACAUAUGCAGUGAAUGUGGGAAAGGCUUCCCCUUGAAGAGUCGGCUGAUUGUACAUCAGCGAACUCAUACUGGAGAGAAACCUUACAGGUGCAGUGAAUGUGGGAAAGGUUUCAUUGUGAAUAGUGGACUGAUGUUACAUCAGCGAACUCAUACUGGAGAGAAACCCUACAUAUGCAGUGAAUGUGGAAAAGGUUUUGCCUUUAAGAGCAAUCUUGUUGUACACCAGCGAACUCAUACUGGAGAGAAACCCUUUUUGUGCAGUGAAUGUGGAAAAGGCUUCACCAUGAAACGCUAUCUCAUUGUACAUCAGCAAAUUCAUACAGGAGAGAAGUCUUGUAUAUGUAGUGAAUGUGGAAAAGGCUUUGCCAUGGAAACUGAGCUUGCUUUACAUAAGCAAGUUCAUACUGGAGAAAAACCUUAUGGAUGCAAUGAAUGUGGUAAAGGCUUUACUGUGAAGAGCCGUCUAAUUGUUCAUCAACGAACUCAUACAGGAGAGAAACCUUUUGUAUGCAGUGAAUGUAAAAAAGCCUUCUCCUCAAAGAGAAAUCUCAUUGUACAUCAGCGAACUCAUAAUGGAAACAAACCGUAACAAUGCAAUGGACAUGGUCAUGCCUUUGGGAAGCAAAUAUGUCUUGUACAACAUCAGAGAUUUCACAGUAUAGAUUUUCUUUAUGUGUACUGAGUAUGAAAAAUCAUAUUUCAAAAUCCAGUGUUAUCUACUACAUGAAUGCUAUCAAUGUCAGAAAGCCUUCAUCAUGAAUUCAGGCUCUGAAUUCUUUGAUGUACCAGUGUAUAUAAAAUAACUCAUCUGAGAGAGAUUCUGUGGAUUGGGGGUAACCUUUCAUUUGUCAGUCUUCACUAAAAUUAUAAAAAUGUGCACAUGAGAAAUGUAUAAGGUAAAUAGUCCUUUUGCAGAGAAUCUGAACUGAUUAUAUACAAGUAAAUUCAUGCAGAGGGAAAACCAUGUUAGUAAUGUGAACAUAUUAAACAUCAGUGUGUUCCUAGCAUACAUACAUGUAGGCAGUGUAGAGCAGCCUGUGGCCAGAUUUUCACCCUUGGAAGAUUAUGCAAUUUGCAGGAGUGAAUUUUAAUGAAUGCAGAGAAUGCACUAGUGCCUUAAGUGAUUAAUUACCUCAUAUUGUUUGUCACAAUAACGAAGGAAAUAAACUUGACAUAUCCAAUGCAGAAAAGUCUUGACAAUUUUCUAAGUAACUAUGUCUUGAAAAGUAUUUACUGUGAUAAAUCUUACAAAGGGGGAAGCUAGCAAAGCCUUCUAUGGGAAGAAAGACCCUAUGUCACCAGUGAUCAUAAUAGAUCAUCAGUGAAUUCACACAUAUUAGCAGCAUUAUCAUGGAAAAGCCUUUGCCCAGAAAUAAAACCUUAACAGUUGGCAGAUAUAUUUCAUACUGGAGGAAAAAAUUCAGGUGGCAAUGAAUACAGUAGGAUUUCUGUGAUACAUUCUGCCUCAUCAUCAUCACUUCAUGCAGAAAUAAAACUUAUGUGAAGAAUAGAAAGGAUCAGAAAUUUAUGAAGUAAAAAAGCCUCAUGAAAAUGAUACAUAUUUGAGGGCUUUCUGUCACAAACCUAAACUCGUGAUACACUUGAUGUCUUUUCUGGGACAGCAUACCUUGCAUCAUAAUUAUCAAUAAUUCCAUAAUUGUAAAGUGGGCUGUUCCUAUCGAUUAAAUUUUAAUGCUUCAUACAACA